CUAACGUGAUUCUCUUGCAUUGCAGGGAGGUCAGCAGCACCUCUUCUUGAAAGAGAUUUGAUAAACUCCGAUGAAUCAGACGUCUGUCUGGAGACAAGAAAGCCCUAGGCACGGAUUCCUCUGAACAACUCAAGAACGGAGGAGAAAGGAGGUGCCAGGUAACAAUACGUACAAUCCGUAGUAGUUAACUAUACUCAGCAAACAAACUGACGAAACAACCAACCAGCCUCCCCAGUUUAAAUUUCGUUGGAUAUUCUGCAAAGUGGCAGUAUAUGCUUGUACGUAACACGCACGCUCUCUUCAAACAUGAAUGUUUGUCUGGCUGGGUCAACUGCUGCAGCAAUGCAUCUACAUAUCGUCAAAGAACCGAGUUUGCGCAGGUGGAGAGAGGCCAAGGAAGCCAGGAAUCAAAGAAGAGAAACAAAAAAAGAAAGGCAACUACAGAUAGUGAGUGGCGGAGUAAAGUAUCAAUCUCGACCAUUCCAACACCGCCAUCCCGUCUUAAUCGCAACCACCACAAGCAACCUACCAAGCUGCCUGCAUAUACCGCUCACUGCGCACGAGAUACGAUCCCUCGAAUCGAAUCCAGUCAGCAGCCGCUGGAGGAUUGUGAGUGCAUUUGCACACAUGCAGGCAGCCUUUCGCAAGAAGGUUUGGCCUGGAGAAGGGGCGUGAAUAUCAUCUCGAAAGGCGAAUUGCUCCGUGCUGGAAAAGUCUAUGGUGACAUAGUGUGGGUAUGGGUUGUAUGUGACACUAUGUGUUGGCAAGAGAGACAGAGAGGCUAGUGAAGGUUGAAAGAAGCUGGAUCGACACGGCCAUCGCCUCGAUCGGGUGUGCGGGGAGAAAUCCUUGAUUGGUGCGAAUAAUUCUCCUAGCGAAAGGAAAGCAGUGAACCUUGUUAGAAUCCAUCCCGCCCGUUGAGAUCCAAGAAAUGGAUAAAUGAUUUCAUGAUCGCGUACUGAUCGCGUACCCGUCUGCAGUGCAAAUCCUCAUUCUUGGGGGGUGGGGGCGGGCAAGGGAGAAGAGGAGGACGAUCCGGUGUCGCCGAGAUUGUUGAGGGGGGUUUGUGCAGUAGUGUGCAC